AUGGCUCUCAAAUCAAUUCUUACCUUGGCACUCCUGCCCGCAGCCCUCGCCAAGAGCUGCUCCAAGAACAACCUGACCUGGACUGACGGCGCCCUUCGCAUGAAUCACAUGCAAGUGGUCGGGACGCACAACAGCUACCAUAUUGAGGCUCCCAAUGAGGAGAAAGAGGUCCAGGCCGAGCUCUUGGAAAAUGCCAUCAACUACUGGUACUCGCACCCACAGCUAGACAUCCAGCUCGGUGAUCAGCAGAUGAGGAACCUCGAGAUAGACGUCCUCGCCGACCCAGAGGGCGGCAACUACGCCAAACCUGCCAUCCGCAGGGAGGCUGGUCUGCCCUACGACUCGGACCCUGUCUGGAACGAGCCCGGCGUCAAAGUACUGCACAUCCCCGACGCGGACGUCCACACCGUUUGCAAGACCCUCAAAUCCUGCCUCGCCAUCAUCCGCGAUUGGAUGGACGCCCACCCGCACGCCGUGCCCAUCCCCAUCAUGAUGGAGUUCAAGACCGCGGACCGCGAUCUCGGCGCCAAAGUCAUCCCCUGGGACGGCGAAGGUCUGUUGGAUGGCCUUGACGAGGAGAUUGUAGAGAUUCUCGGUAGGCAGAGGUUGAUUGUGCCGGAUGAUCUGAGGGAGGGCAACCUCACGCUUGAGGAGUCGGUGCUGGGCAGGGGAUGGCCUGACUUGGACAGCGCGAGGGGUAAGAUCUUCUUCUUGAUGGACAAUGGGGAGAGUGACGUUCGAUCUGCCUACAUUGAGGGCAGACCUAACCUCGAGGGCCGCGUUCUCUUUACCAACUCUGAGCCCGGCGAGCCGAGCUGUGCUUUCCAAAAGCUCAACGAGCCCAACACGGAGCGUCAGAUUGCCAACAUCCAAGAACAAGUCGCCGCCGGUUACUGGGUACGUACCCGCGCCGACGUACCCAUGGACACUGUCGUGAGCCGGAACUGCUCCACUACCCAACGCGACAAUGCGCUCCGGUCGGGCGCUCACAUCGUCUCGACAGAUUUCCCAGUAUAUGGCAUGAGUUCCCGAUGGGGGUGCGACUACGCCUGUCGUCUCGAUGACAGCAAGGCAGCGAGGUGCAAUCCUGUGAAUGGCCCGAACGAGUGUGAUGAUGAGUUUGGGCUGGAGCCAGAGGUCACACUCAGGGGUUCUAUUGGUGUUGAUGAACUAAAGUGA